GCGCGCUGGCCCUUUAAGACAGAUAAAGACAACAGCUCCUGCUCCGCGUCGGUGCCGCGCGCUACAUCUCAGUAAUUUUACACCCCUCAGCUGCUGCACGGAUCAUUUACCCCCAUCGUGAUUUCCAGAGGUUAAUUAGUACCAAGUGUACGCUGACGUUUUCAGUGGCAGAGGAGAAAUGCGACACCGAGGCCAGCCGGCUGGCUCUGCGGUGCGUGAUUGAUUCGGACAUCCUGGGCCGUCUCACCUCCCCUCCGCUCCACUGGAAGCAACAGACCUACCUGAUCUGCGAUGGAAGACAAGCGUAAAAAGCGCAGCCCAAAGGUGUCCCUUCCUCAGCCUCCUCCGCCGCCCAUCAAUCCUCGCAAGCUCUCUGUCCUGCCUGCCAGCAAAAGUGCCACCUUCUCCCUCGGCCUGCCGCAGCCCCCCUCCCCCAAGAACAGGAGCAAGUACAAGAGGUCCGUAGGAGCGCCGGGGCAGCCGAAAGAGGCCUUCACACCUGUCGUGGCCCCGCCAAAGACAACGAGACCACACAGAGAGAAACCCAGAGCUCCGCAGCCGGCAGGGCCCAGUAAAGUGGUCCAGUCGUCUCCCCUGCAGCACUCCUUCCUUACGGAUGUCUCGGAUGUGAGAGAAAUGGAAGGAGGCCUCCUCAACCUCCUCAAUGACUUCCACUCAGGCAAAUUACAGGCGUUCGGGAAGGUGUGCUCCUUCGAGCAGCUGGAGCACGUGCGGGAGAUGCAGGAGAAGCUGGCGCGACUGCACUUCAGCCUGGACAGCCACGUGGAGGAGCUUUCCGAGGACCAGAGGAAAGGCGCUUCUGAUCACAACCUGGAGCACCUGCUGUGCAACCUGGAGGAGCUCAGCACCUCAAUACAAAAGCUCCACCUGGCCGAGAAUCAGGACCUGCCCAAGACGUCUGGUCCCUGACGGAGCGAGGCACUCGGAACGUCUUGACACCGCGCUCAUCUUCUCCGAACGGCACAAUAAUUAAAAAAAAAAAAAAAUCAAAUGAUUAAAAGACCAGGUUUCCAUGGCAUUAAACCAGCUGCCUUAGAAACGGGAGCGGGAAGGUCCAAAGGAGGGAAGGGUGGGGGCUGUUUUUCCACUCAGUCAGGGGAGAUGAGAGGACGUUCCAAUGACUGGAUGCAGCCAAGCAUUAAAUUAGAGCGCAACCAAAAAAAAAAAAAAAGUCAUAAACACCUCAUUCAUAGCACACAAAAAAAGGACCAGAAACUAGUCUGAGCCGGAAUGUGAAAGAAAACGUUUAAGUCGUGGACAUUCCCUUACUUUUUUUUUAAAUUCAUUUCCAAAUUGGUUCCUUUUCUGCGACGAAAGAAGCACAGUCCAGGAGUUUGAAUUCACGCCGACUCUUUUAAACCAUCCAGUACAUGUCGCUUCUUUUCGGACGGCGCGUGCAUCUGUACCCGUGCUGAACUGCAAAAAAAACAAAA